AUGAUUAUUGCUAUUGCAAUAAUUUCAUUUAUCUUGCCAUGUGCAGGUAAAAUUUAUUAAGACUCGAACUUCAUCUUUUUUUAUCAACUAUUUCAAGGAAUUGGAGAAGUUCUUUCUGAUUUUGGUCUUGAUCAACACCAUGCCGUCAAUGGUUUCACAGCUGAAGUAGAAAAUGAUUCCAAUUGCAUUUUUACUGAUAGAGGAGGCUAUUUUGAUGGUUCAACUCUUAUAACUCCUCCAGAUAACUCUGUAGUGCAAAAUCCAUUAUCAGUUCCAUCUUCCUUUUGCUUAAUUUUGUGGAUAAUGAUUCUUUCAGAUGGAGUAAUAUUUUCUCGCUAUGACAGCUCCAAUAACCUUUUGAUAAAAAUCAGUGUAUCAUCAGGAUCUAUGAGUUUUCGGGCAUAUACAUCUGACCAAAGUUUUCCAGCAGCAGGAAAUAAUGGGCCUAGUUAUGCGGUCACUUAUAGUAAUUUCUAUAUAGAUGAAUGACACUUUAUUGCAGCGAUAUCAGAUUAUCCCUCAUCACAAACAGAUGAAAAACUUAUUAUAGAAAGUAACUUCAACACUGUAACUUUUACAGGAAGCUACACUAAUGAUGGAAUUGCUUAUGGCACUAAUAUAGGCUGCGAUCAAACAUGCACUGGAGGAUUUACUGGAUAUAUUUAUUAUAUCGUCUUUGAAAAUAAUGCGGAAAGCUAUUCAAGUAUUCAGGCUUAUUAUUCUACUUCUUGUUCUGGAUGCUCAUAUAACAUGCUCUCUUUUAUAGCCAUCUACAAAAAUCAUUUUGGCGGUGUUGCCUUGAGAGUUUUCUCAUUUAGUGAGCCAAAUCUACAAAUACCAAAGCAGCAAGAUCAAAAGAUUGAGAGUAUAAGGAGUUGAUUUAUUUAAUGAGCUAGCAAGUCAACACAGUCAGCAUGCUUCCUAUACUAAACUGUAUCAAGGAGCUUAUUAUAUUGCAAGCCAUAUCAGCCUUGCAUGUCAACUUGUACAAACCCUCGAUACCCUGAUAGCUGCUCUGCUCAAUGUAAUUGUGCGAAUAAUGCGAUAGCUAGUUGCUCAGAUUCAAACAUAAAUUCAUGCCAAAGGUGUGAUUCUUCAUGCUCAAGGACUUGUUCAGGCACAACAUCAAGCGAUUGUCAAGAUAUUAAAGCGACCUACUGCCAAGGGAUUCAUCCUUAUUGCUCUAUCCAAAAAACUUGUUUGUGAAAUGUGGUUUGUCCCAAUCACUGCUAUUAUUGUGAGGUUGAUCCUACUUGUAUUCAGUGCGAUCCAGGGUACUUUCUUGAUAACACAGGAAAUUGCAUCCAAUGCGACUCAAGCUGUAAUGGUUGUUCAGGAUCAGCGACUCAUUGCUUAAGUUGUUCUACGCCAGGAUAUUCUCCUUCGACGUCAAAUGGAGCUUGCCAAUGUACAACAUCAGAAUAUGAAAUUUCAUCAAGUCCUCUAGUAUGUGGCAGCUGCCAUUCAUCAUGCAGUACCUGUGCUGGCUCUGGAAGCAAUAAUUGCAAUUCUUGUGCAGAUUCCACUAUAAUUCUAGUAUCAACUCCUGGAUCUUGCUCGUGCCCGUCUAAUAAAUACAUAGCUCAAAAAGCUACUCUUCUUUGUAAAGACUGUGAUUCAUCUUGCCUUACAUGUAGUGGUCCAUCUAACAAUGACUGCUUGACUUGCUCUAAUUCAAUUGUUUUAGCCUCAACGCCAAGCUCUUGCACUUGUAGCUCUGGAGAAUAUAUGUCAGUAAAAAAUCCAAAAACUUGCAGCCCUUGUCAUAGUUCUUGUGCUACAUGCUCUGGAGGAUUUAUAACAAAUUGCUUAAGUUGUGCAAGUUCAGUUGUAAUGAGCUCUAGCCCUGGACAAUGAAUAUGUGCACAAAAUCAAUAUAAAUCUCAAGACUCUCCAUUAGUGUGCACAGACUGCCACCCAUCCUGCAGUAGCUGUUCAGGACCUUUGUCAACAGACUGCACAUCAUGUCUGGAUUCUUCAAGAGUUAUAUAGUUAGUGACACUGACUGGCACGGGGUGCUUUUGGCUCAGUUUCGAGCUAAAAGCACCCCGUGCCAGUCAGUGUCACUGACUAUAGCUUCGAACCCUGGAUAUUGUGAUUGUGAUGCAUCACAUUAUAUCGUCUCUAAAUCCCCAUUUAUUUGCGGAGAUUGCGGUGGAGAUUGCUAUUCAUGCUUUGGAUCAGCCGAAAAUAAUUGUCUAACUUGCAAAAAUAGUUUAAUUACCCCGAGCGCAGAUGGGUAUUGCAAGUGUAAAGAUAAUGAAUAUAUCGUUUCAAUGACUAGCUUGCAAUGUGGGGCUUGCGAUCUAAGCUGCAGUUCUUGCGUUGGUCCAGGUCCUGACCAGUGUUUAGCAUGCAAAGAUUCAAGUGUAACGCUUAAAGUUCAACCUUCUUCAUGUUCAGAAUCCUCAAAUGAAAGCAGCAAUAAAAGUGAAAACGAUUUAAAAGAAUAUGCUAAAGCGGGUGGGUAUCUUGUAUCAGCAGGUCUUAUUGCUUCUGGAUUUCUUAUAUCAGUAAUAGAAGGAAAAGCAGGUACAUUAUGAACUUAUGUUAAUAUUGUUCAGCUUUUAGCUUUUAUUCCACUUCAAAAUAUUGAUAUUCCUGAAAACCUUUAUGAAUUUUGAAAAGCUUUUCUUUCAUGAACAAUAAUACCAAGUUUAGGAGAGUCAUUUUAUGGAAAAGAUGGAGUUGAUGAUGUAAAACCAUAUUCAAACUGAGUUAAAUAUGGAUACAAAGGAAGUUCUUUUUUAGUUAAUGGGGGUGGAAUGCUUUUAAUUGCUUUGGUAGUAAGACUACUAUGAAUUAUUGUCUACUCAUUGAAAUUUUAUUCAAACGAAAAAGUACAAAAGAUUAUAAUUCCACUAUUAUCUAAAUUCAAAUACAAUGCUUUUAUUAGGUUAUGGCUCGAAAUUUAUAUUUUGCUGAUGGCAGCAAAUAUAGUUGGAAUAAAUAACUUAUUAUUUUCAAGUCCAAGUGCAUUUAUUGACUCGAUUUUGUCGAUUUUUAUUCUUAGUUUCUUGUAG